UAUAUAGCUCUCGCUCCGUAACCCCCCUUCCUCCCUCCCUUCCGAUCCUCACCAUCAUCCUCGCCAUCACCGUCGCCAUCGGCCAUUUUGGUGCGAGGAGCAACUGUGAGGAUCGUGUUGGUAUUCGGUACGCUGGAAAGUGUACAUGAACCUGACGUUGAGUCUAGCCAUCAAUGGCGGUGGCACCAGCGGCACGACCAAGAAGCGCAAGCUGCUGCGGGACAGCGUCGUCGUCGACGACGUGAUGAGCUGCGAUGGUGGAGACCACAGCAGGGUCGCGAGGCUUCUACAGGCCAGGGAACGGAUGAUGGCGAGGUUGGAGGCCGACGACACGAGGGUAGCAGCAGCAGCUCCCGAUGACGGUAGCGCCGGCAGCCUGCGGCUCAUGCAUUUGCUUCUCUCGUCGGUGGCCGCGGCGGAGUCCGGCGACGCGCACGCGGCCGCCGCGGCCCUGCACGAGGUCUACCGGCGCGCGUCGUUCCGCGGCGGCGACCCCGCGCAGCGCGUCGCGGCCUACUUCGCGGACGCGCUGGCGUCGUCGAGGCUCGUCAUCCGGUCGCCGUCGCCUGCGGCGGCCGCGGCCGCGGCCGCGGCCUCGCCCUCGCCCUCGCCGCCGACGCGCGCCGAGCGGUUCCUGGCGUACACCAUGUUCUACCAGGCGUCCCCGAUCUACCAGCUCGCGCACUUCACGGCGAACCAGGCGAUCGUGGAGGCGUUCGAGAGCGGCGGCCGCCGGCGCCUCCACGUCGUCGACUUCGACGUGUCGUACGGCUUCCAGUGGCCCUCCCUGAUCCAGUCCAUGUCGCACGCCGCCGCGAGCACGAGCACGAGCACGUGCACGACGAGCAGCAGCUCACACGACGGUGGCGACGGCGACUGCGCCGAGCCGCCGGUUUCCCUGCGAAUCACCGGCCUCGGCACGAACCCCGACGAGCUGAGGCAAACGGAGGCGCGGCUGGCGCGGUUCGCGAGCGGGUGCCCCAACCUAAGGUUCGAGUUCGAGGGCAUCGUGGUCGUGGACGAUGAUGGUCCAGACAGUGGCCGCCGCCAUGAACGCAUCAAGGUCGACGACGACGCGACCGUGGUCGUCAACCUGGUGUUCCCGGCAGCAGCAGCACAUCAGAGCUCGACGACGACGAGCACAAGAGACGAAGCGUGCAGCAGCGCGUUGGCUCGCAUCCGCUCCCUGAAUCCGUCCCUGGUGUUCUUGGUCGAGAAAGAUGGCGGCGGCAAUGCCACGUCGAGAGGACGCCGCUCCUCAAUCGUGCUCCCGCCGUUCACGGCCAGCCUGCGGUACUUCGCGGCGGUGUUCGACUCGCUGCACGAGUGCCUCCCCGCCGACAGCGCCGAGAGGCUCGCCAUCGAGCGGAACCACCUGGGCGCGGAGAUCAGCGACGCCAUGGCUUCUUUAGCAGACUACAACAACAACUAUGGCGGCGGCGGCGACGAUCAUCACAUGGUAGAGCUGCCUACUACCAGCUGUUGGAGGCAGAUGAUGGAGCGCGCGGGGUUCGAGCGCGUGGAGCUGAGCUCGCGAACGGUGAGCCAGGCGAAGCUGCUGCUGAAGAUGAAGAGCGGCGGCGGCGGCGGGUUCCGGGUCAUGAUGGAGGGCGAAGGUGGCAGCAGCGCCAUGUCGCUGGGGUGGAGAGAUAGCGUGCAGCUGAUCACCGCGACUGGGUGGCGGCGCCGGCGCCGAUCGACCAACAAGCCGGCGUUCAGCUAGUACAUACGUACAUACGUACAGUGGGGAUGAAGCCGAAAUCAGCCCAGUUCAUCGAUAAAUUAUACUUGGACGAUCUCGUCGACUUCUUGGUUUGUUCAAUUGGUUCAUUGUGGAGAGAAGAAGGUUUGGUUUGUUAGUUUCUCUUGUGCUUUUCUUUCGUUGAUUGAUACACAUAUAUACAUAUAUACAUGUAAAGUAUAGAUGCCAAAAGAGUUACUACACACGAUUGGUACGUACAGAAAUAGACUUGUAGACAAAUUAAAGCAUAUAUAUAAUUAGAUUCGAAGCAUAUUGUCCUUUCUAGCACGCAUGGACGGGCCGCAUCAAAUUGGAGAGGAGUUUACUGGUUAGACGAUCAAUUAACUACAAUUUCAAUGGUAAACUGGUUUUAAUAUAUAUAUAUAUACGGCAUCUCUUAAUAUACUCCAUAUGAUGAGCUGACUGAUGCACUAGCUAGUUCACAAAACUGAUCCAUCUAUCUAGUAUUAACAAAUGCCGAUAACAAUGCGUUAGUCAAGCUGGGCUGAUUGCCAAGCGAUUUUGUGUCCAAAUAUAGUAAUAAUAUAAACACAGGUUAGUUAUCAGGUUCAAAAAAAAAAACACAGCAGGUUAGUUUUCUUCUUGUUAGGAAGUCACACAAGAAGUUAAUAGUCUUUGUAUGCUGACUUGUAGUUUGUAGUUAGCAAUAAUAUUUAUAACACAAGUUGCAGACUUACUUGCGGUCAA